AUGAAAGAAGAGGUUGUCAGUAAGGAGGAGGAGGAGGCUGAGGAUGAAUCUCUCGGCAGUGGUGACGGGAACGGUGCACUCAACCCAGAAGUGCGGGAUGUUCUCGUUGAGAGAGCCGAGGCCGAAGCUAAACCAUCGAACAGUAAUAAUAUGGCCACCAAUCCAAUGGAAGAGGAUUCUCUGAUCCGAGCACUGGAAGAUGAGCAGCAGUUCUGUGUUGCUCCAGAAACCCUUCAGAUUCCAGUGGAGGUUAUUCCCCAACAGAAGCACGGCGAGGAAAAUGAGACAUGUGUUUCUUCCGUAACCGAUGCCCUUCGGGAUGCGGAUCUAUUUGUGGACCGUAUGUAUCCUACUCUCCAAGAUGUUCCUGAAGAGCACAAACCACAGCCCAUGGUAGAUCUUGCUGCCGAAAGGACCCAGCCUCGUGGGAUUUCUACGUCAAGCCAGGCGGAAGAUGAAAAUACUGAGCAAGAAGUUGCCAGCUUGCCAAAAACUCAUCCUGUUGAGGAUGCCAAAGGAAUUCAUCUAGCAGAUAUUGAGAAACUUAAUGAUGAGGGAGCAGAAAACUCCAACGUGGAACAGCAACAACCAAAAGCAGAAGACAUCAUGCUAGUAGGAGAGGACUCUGAGAACAAGGAACACCAGCACCUCAUGGAAAUAGCCACAGGAAUCAACGAAGCUGCCAAAAUGGAAAAGCUUGCCAAGGCAGCUACUGCCAACACAAAUGAUGAUGAUGAUGUUCCAUUCAAUGAACCAGAAGCUGCUUUUCUUGGGAGGGAUGAACAAGAUACUGUACCAGGAAAUACGGUAGAGGCACCCACAGCAGUAGAGCCUGUCCCACAACCUGCCUUGUACCGAACAACCCAGAUGAAUCCACAAUCUCAGCCAGGCGCGUUCAUGGGUGCACCAGGCAGACGUAUGCAACGAAACCCCAGCUUAAACUAUGACCUUCUCAGUGCUAAUAAUUUGGCCACUACUAGUGGUCAAGAAGAUUCCAGUGUUGGUACUGCAGCGCGGAUAUUGACAACUCAAGGGUUGGUACAGGCUAAUGCCAUAGAGGAUGACACGGCCGAUUUGAUGCAUGCCAAUCCUGUUGAUAUGGAAACUGCCCAGCAUCGUGCACUUCAACAGAAGCAUCAACAGAUGGCUUUCUUUGCAGCCGCUCUUUGGUUGUUGCUGGUUGUUGCCAUUAUUGUGGGAUUUGUGGUUGGGACCCAAAAGACCAAGGAGCCGGAUGUGGUUUUCCUCGAGUCAACUGAGACUCCAACAGUUUAUGGCUCCAUGGAACCAUCGGAAGUGCCGUCCUCUGCUCCAACUGGAGCUCUGGACAUACUGUUGUAUAGUCUCCCUGACUAUGCUGUGACCAGCAUCAAUAAUGGCAGUGAGACCCCACAGUGGAGAGCGUGGCAAUGGCUAGCCAAUCACCAAAACAAUACCUUUCUUCCAGAAUGGAGAAAGACACAGCUGUUUGCUCUUGCUACAUUCUUCUAUGCAUUUGAGGGAGAAAAUUGGUGGCACCCAAUCAAGGACAGGUGGAUGGAUGAUACUGUGGAAGAGUGCAUGUGGUUCUCCAGUGGGUUUGGAUUUGUGCUUGAUGGGUCAUACCAGGAAUGGCCAUCAUUUACACCUCCCUGCAACAGCCAAGGACAGUUCACAUCUCUGGAUCUAGCACAGCUGCAGCUCUCCGGUCCUUUACCAUAUAUUCCACCAGAGAUUACCCUCAUGGCUGCAUUGACCAAGAUUGCAUUGCUAUACAACGGCAAUUCUGGGCCAGUUUCAUCUCUGUUACCAACAGAAGUUUAUGAGAUGACUGAUUUGAGAUCGUUAGGGUUGCGGGGAAAUCUGCUCACUGGCCAAAUUCCUUCUGAGAUUUCACUAUUCCCUUCAUUGUCCGAACUGAUCUUGGGACAGAAUCAAUUGUCAGGCCAAAUUCCCUCUGAGAUUGCACUAUUGUCUUCUCUGUCAUUGCUUGAAUUGGAUCAGAAUGACUUGACCAGUCAAAUUCCUUCUGAGCUUGGCCUUUUGACGGCUUUGACUGAGCUGAGGUUCAACGAAAAUCGAUUGACCGGGCCAAUUCCUUCUGAGCUUGGGCUCCUGUCCUCAUUGAAAGAGCUUUACCUUUAUGAUAAUCUGCUGUCCGGUCAAAUUCCUUCCGAACUUUGGCUCCUUACCUCAUUGAACCUGCUUCGGCUUGGGGAUAAUCAGUUUUCUGGUCUGAUUUCUUCAGAAGUUGGGCUUCUGAAGUCAUUGGACAAGCUAUACCUUGCUUGGAAUCAGAUUAUGGGUCCAAUUCCUUCGGAGCUUGGUCUCCUGACCUCAUUGAAAGUUUGUGACCUUUUUGAUAACUGGUUGAUUGGUCCACUGCCUUCUGAGCUAGGGCUCCUGACCUCAUUGGGCCGGCUAACCCUAUUUGCCAAUCAGUUCACUGGAACAAUCCCGACUGAAGUUGGCAUGAUGACAUCUUUGACAAACCUGCGUCUUCAUAACAAUAACCUGACAGGAACACUGCCCAGCCAGCUAAAUGCUUUAAUGGGAUUGAGGAUAUAUGGGAAUCAUUUCACGGGCACUGUGCCAGAGCAUCUUUGUUCUUUUCUAUGGUGUGAGUGUUCCCUAAGUGAAACUCCUGCUGUUACCACCUGUGCUGACCUCAAAGAAGCUCCACCGGAUUGGCCUGGGAGAUUUCCAACCAGAGGUGCUGAUGUCAUGCUCAAUAUCUAUACUGAUUAUUUUCCAGAAGAAACAACAUGGCUUUGGCAGAAGGAAACUAAUGUGACUGGUAUUUGGGACACGCUGGAAUCACGUGGUCCACUGGGCAUUAGAGAGCAUGUUCACUCCUCUCUCUUCUCAGUGAACACUGGCACAGCCUACAGAUUGAUUGUGUCGGACAGUUUUGGUGAUGGCAUACCCUGGAUCACUAUGACAGCAGGAAAUGAAACAGUGUUGUAUUCUUUGGUAGCUCCAGAGGCCUUCUCUGAAAUCACCAUUGAUGUUUUGGUUAGAGCAGAUGGAUCUUUUGAUGUGACCAGUUCUAGAGCUCUGUAA